GAUAAAAAUUAUAAAUAGACGGAAUGACUCAGCUGGGGCCUGGAGCUACGGAUGCAACCGUUGCCCCAUUAGACAAGGGGCCGGCUUACAGCGAUCUCUCGAGUUGGAGAACCUCAUAUACCUCACCUAGUAUCCACUGUAGCAAUUACCCAGACACUUUUCACCGCUCGAGUAUGCAAUCUUGAUUUUGUGGAGAAAGGAAGUCGAACCUUCUCCAAUUAGUGGGUUCUCUCCUUUUCGUUUUCAGCGCCGGCGAUCGAAAGGUUCUACUGUGGCACUCAUGGGCUGGCGGUCAUUGGGGAAAAUGCUUUCUAGUCGCAAUGGUGUUCGAUGUUCGGGGGGCAUGAGUGGAUGUGUCUAGCUGGGGCACUGGAGUGGGCACUUAACAUUAGAUUGGCUGCGACUUCCGGCAAACAAACGAUCGUUAGGCGGCCGUUGAUGAUGAUUGAUGCUGGUGGCGGUGGCCAUCGCCCUCAAAAAAUUCUUCAAUAUCGUUUCCUGCAGGAAACCCACUUUCGGGCCAUUCUGAUAGACACUGCUUUGGAUGCAUUUGGGAUUCCAACAGCCACGUAGACUGAAAAGUGGCUGUGUUGCUAUGCCAGACAUUCGGCAGUGCUCUGCUGAGCGAAUCAAGAAUGCAACUUGCCAUAAUAAUGGCACUGCGGAGAGGCAAAUUACAUGCUCUGCAUUUAGUAACGAGCAUGUACAACAUAUUUGCCCACUUAACUAGCGGCCUGGUACGGUUAUUAGCAUGCAAUUUCAAGAUUUUAAUGGCUCGGCACUCGCAUUGCAGUCACAAUUGCACUCACAUACACCCAUCCAGACGCAUCCACGCAAUGGAACAAGUGGAGCUCGGCUCUCCCUACAGAUUCGGUUGAAAUAAUAGAUACAGGUGUACUAUUUCUUUCUACAAUUAGGUUCUAUUUUUUUUUCCCUCCAAGAUUUAGAUCUUGUAGCUAGUAUCUUGUCCUCAUGUGUGAAAAUGCAUCUGCCGAGGUGCUUGUACUCUUGGCCGCAAUCGCAGUCGCCUAGCAAUUAUUUCAAAGCUAAAAAAUAUAUGUUUACGACUUUAACGGUACAGCUAAGCCAUCGCCAUUGAAUGGAAAAAUAUAAAAAAAUCCGAAAUCACAAUAUAAUUUAUGGCGCAGCCGAAGAGCGAAAUUUAAUUGCAUUCCAUUUUCACAUUUAUCACCAUUAAUGUCAGCGGCUGCAUUCGAGUGGGGUGCAAUGGCUGGAAAAGCGUGAAAAGCGAGCCAAGGCCAUCCAGUCGCUCUGAGUACAGACAAAACAAUUUGUAUCUUUUCAUCCCGAGAACUCGAGAAAGAUUGCCGGUUGCAGAGACUACAUGUUUCGCUCGGUGCAGCCUGCAAUUGAAAUCAAUCAGCCCUGAAGUUCCCCUACUUUUUAAUGCCUUCUCGUUGCAUACCCGUAUGACGUGAGGUCAUCGGGGAUUACAUGUUGUGGAGUGAGGGACACGGCAUAGUAAGAGGGGCUGAUCCCUCGGCCAGUGCUCUAAUCUCCUGACCAAGUUGUGGCUUUGCGUUAUUUCCUUGGCCCGACUCGACUCGGAUCAUUUGCAAUGCCCUCACUGGGGGAGUAUCGUUUCUUAGAGACUCAUGUUCGGGGAAUAACUUUAGUACAGCAUCUGGCUCAGCGAGUUAAGGUAUCAGAGGUGCGGCAUGCCAAGGUAGCCAUUGCUGGAUAUGUUGGCAGCGCAAUUUCAGUUGGCCAAGUCCAGAGCAAUUUGCAGCUCAAAUCAACGGCAUGCAAAGCACUUUUUGUUUAUUUCGUUGAUUGUUCCCACAAUUUUCGUACAAAGCCGGAAAAUGUACGUGCCCAAGCGUUGUUACUGUAAUUGGCCUAAAAAAAAAACCAAAAAAGAACAGAUAAUAAAGAUGAGGGAAAAAAUAAAUCAUACAACGUGAAAAUUCUUUUCAAAUGUUCAGACAAAGGCGAGGAACUGAGGUGGGUGGAGGGGCAUUCCCUGCUUGACAGACUCGAAAGAUCUCCCAGAUGCUCACCCACUGUAAUUCGGAUAGGAGAAGGCGAUGAUGUAGCUGAAAGAUACACGCUCGUUCGGUGCUGGGUAUGGGAAGAUCACGUACAGCAUAAAAUGGGGGCGUCAUUUACAUUGGCUUCAAAGGGAGCUUAGAGCCCAGGAUCCCGGCGGAUCGUGAGCGUGUGAAUCGAAAGCAAGAGUCGAAGGGCGAAGGCUCGUAGAUCGGAGAAACGUGAUCCCAGAAUGGGAACGUGAAGCCAUGCUAUGAAGAUGUCUUAGCUUCAUAUCAACCGAAGCCACUUAUGAGACUUACAGAAGACAGCGUUUAAGAGCUCAUCUGUAAGAGGUUAGAAAUUGCAGAACAAGCAUUCGACUGCCUACCAUAUAUGGACUACCUGUCAGUAGUUUGUUAACAUUUUAAUGUUCCUUUAUUGUCACAGCAAUCCACGUAGGAUCCACGUGGAUAUAGCCGAGGAAUUACACAUUUUCUGAGUGCAUUUAUGGAAACUAUCAGCAACACCCUCGAUACCUAUCAGGAGUUCCAUUAACUAAAUGCGUUUUAUGGGUCUAGUGCACUGGACUAGGUUUCAGUCUAGCUCUGCAUUUCUUUUAGAAGGCCAUGUCUUCGAUACACUACAUCUUGUGCUUUAAUUAAAUUACAAAUCGGGUAACCCCACAUGUUAAAAUCGAUAAGAUUAUUAGAAAUUCGCGUACGAAUGUCACCUGUCACUUCGAAUACUUUGAUCAUAUCGUCUUAUUGCCGCCAGGGCACUAUUACUGAGUUCCCUUAGUCAUCAAAACAGUUUACAUUUUCACCUCAAUUGAAGUCUUAACAGUCUUUUGGCGGAUGAUAGUUCCCAAGUUAAUCGCCGUGCUCCUUCGAGGGUUAUUAAAGUACGCCCAAAUCAUGGGAAUCGUAUAUUUUCGAGUUAAAAAUACUGAUGUGCUUAACGUUAGUUGGUUGAAAUGGAUUUCCGUGAUUAUUCGCUUGAUAACUGUGUCUAUAUUUGCGUACGACUAUUUCCUUAUAGUUUUGGGAAAAAAAUGGAUCAUUUUAAAAGUGAUACUUGGAAUGCGACUUAUUUUAUGCAUCCCCUCCAACUGCUUGAUUAUGGAGUUCCAGAUUUUCCGGGGCUCGGAAGUCAUAGAGUUGGUGAAAAAUUUCUUAAAAAUGUUCCGAAAAGUGAAGAAACUAUGCAGGCGACAGGAAAUGGGCUUUCGAGCCAAAUGGGAGCUGUUCCUAAUUUUGACCAUUGCCUGCAUCAUGCCUCACGAAGCUCUAUAUAUCUUGGCCUUCCGAGCCUCGCCUCAAUGGAAUUUUCAAGACGUUCGGACAAUUUUCUUCAAUGGAUAUAUUACUAUGGGUACAAAUGUCUUUCUGCACAUCAACUUUCUGGUCUAUCUGAGUUUUGGAUUUCUAUACUCGGAGCUCAAUAAGUACAUUUUCAAAAAUUUGAUGCCCCUACUUCAGGACCAAGGUCUUCAAUCUGAUCCGCGCCAAAUGAGGAAGCUACGACGUAAGUUGGAAAGAUGUUUCAAUCUGUAUAGAGACAUCUUCACAGUGAAUACUGUGUAUCAACGAUUUUUCCAAUUGCCCCUGGCUCUCGGACUGGUUCAUAAAAUAAUGUUGACGGGCUCUGUGGCUUAUGUAUUGGUUAUUGAAAGGAAGUUCCAAAGCUUUUGGAUGAUAGCUAUAAUCUUCAAGCAUAUUUACGAUCUUCUUUUGCUAACCUAUUCGGUGCAGAGGGCAGUGACUGAGAGUUCCAUCAUUCGAUUGGUUAAUUUUGAAACCUUUGGAGUCUCCAGUCUGAAGGAGUUUCGCAUCCUGCUGGAUACGUUUUACACAUACCUGAACCUUAACAAGUUCCGAGUUUGCAUUCUGGGCCUCUUUGAUGUCUCGAAUAGGCUUUUCCUUUUGGUCUUGUCGGCCAUUAUCAGCUGGCUGGUUUUCGUUAUUCAAUAUGGGCUACAAAUGGGACACUCCUGGAAUUAAAAGGCUACAAUCUCACAAAUGAGGUUUAAGAAAAUAACCCUUAAAAAAUAAUCAAAACAACUCAACCAAGUAAAUAAACAAUCACUAAGUGUUAAUGUGUUCUAUUUGCAUUUUGGUCCUUC